CUCUAUUUUAACUCCACUCAAAGUUGCAAAAAUGACUUCGUCGUUGGUGAGGUGGGACCUGUUCUAUAGUGCCGAGUGGUGCGAUUGGAGAUUUCGCAUCUAUGAUUGUGAGAACAGCUCGAUUUGGGUUGGGUUCUAUAUUACGUAUAUCGUUGUUAGUUUCGUCUCCUUUUUGAUCGGUCUUUAUGUGUGCUACAAAAAAGUAUAUCAAAAUCUUUGGAAAAAAAAGCUCUCGGUUAUCGAGUUCAAUGAGGGUAUUUUGAGACCUAAGGCUACCGAAGCCUGGGUCAUUGGGUCCACUAUAUUCCUCUUCGGCAGAGGAUUGUACGGCAUUGUCGUGCUUUCGGGUGGAUUCAAAAACAGCAUUGUUACCGAGCUUUUCCAUGAAUGGCCAUGGUGUGCAAUCUAUAUCGGAGGUGUCCUGCUGACGAUGGGGCUGAUCCACGCUACGCCCCGUAAUAUUACAGAUAGCAAGGGUGCAUCAGCAAACAUUACUCAAAUAGUGGAAAUCUCGCUGCCCUCCCCGCGGACAAUCAACACUUUGACCUACAUAUAUAUCAUUUCGCCAUUGGUUCUGCACCAUCUUUUCGCGAUUCUUGACGGACAGGCUAGAGACGCAGGCAAUUUUGAGCAAGCCCAAGUCUACAAUAUGAUCCACUAUCUCGCCUGGGCGGUGCAUGACGUCGCAUUAUGCGCUUUGGCAGCUAUUUACGGGCUGCAGCUUGUGAGGAUCCUCAGAGCCGCGCAGGCCAUGAAGUUAACUGAAGGCAGAAAUGAGGCGUUCAAAAGGGCGAUCACCACGCUGAUCAUCACUCUGUCCGUUAUUGUAUUCCUCACAUCCGGAUUUGCAGCCGUUCUAUUUUUCUACGGGAUAUUCCGGGAACGCAUUCAGACUAUCCUAGGAGUAUCAAUCCUUAUAGCCUUCUUUUGGUUGCUGUCCGCCCCUCUCAGCCUGGCCCCACUGUAUCUGUACAUGACCUACAGCAUCAACAAAUCAACUGAAAGUGGCACGACUACGGGAACUGGAACCACAGGAAGAAGUGGUACAGCUCACAGCAUGAGUGGAAGCAAAUCACAGGCUGGGACGAAAUCGAUACCACGAACGUCUGAACACGGAGCCACUACGGAAGUAUGAAUCAACCUGAUCAACAUUUUCCUGUAUUAGCCGUUAGGGAAACUCAUUGUUCACAUUACUACAACAGCAAUAGAUGCUCAUUAUUUGAUCUAAACCGCACCUCUUUG